CGUGAGCCCCGGGACACUACGCGCCCGCGCUUUGGGGGAUCGUUCCUAAGCAACGUGCGUGUGUACGUACGUCGCUUACGUCCUCCUCCUUCCAGAGCUCCGUCCGGACUCCGCCGCCGACCAUGAUCUGCCUGUUCCUGUCUAUAUUUGCGUUCAUCUUCCAGUCAGGCUGGACGGGCGUGAAUGAGCGCACGUUCAUCGCUGUGAAACCAGAUGGCGUUCAGCGGAAACUGGUGGGAGAAAUUCUGCGUCGGUUUGAGAGGAAAGGGUUCAAACUGGUGGGCCUCAAACUUGUGCAGGCAUCCGAGGAGCUUCUUCGGGAGCACUACUGGGACCUGAGGAGUAAGCCUUUCUUCGCGGGACUCCUCAGCUACAUGAGCUCUGGACCAAUCGUAGCCAUGGUGUGGGAGGGUUUGGACGUGGUCAAGACAGCACGUAAGAUGAUGGGAGAGACCAACCCUGCAGACUCGCUGCCUGGAACCAUCCGAGGAGAUUACUGCGUGGAAGUGGGCAGGAACGUGAUCCACGGCAGCGACUCGGUGAAGAGCGCCCAGAAGGAAAUCUCUCUGUGGUUUCGUCAGAACGAGCUCCAGUGCUGGGAGAACAGCGCCAGUCACUGGAUCUACAACUGACGGUCUACAUGUGCUGUGUGUACGCCGUCCUGUAGGUGAACCAGUGUUUCUCCUAUUAGUCAUUACAAGUCGGGUCACAUCACACUUCAGAUUAGUUUAUUUUUUUGGCUUUAGUAGCUUGUAGUUACGCAGGAGGUGAAGGUCAUCGCUUUCUUGCUGCUUCUUUUUUUUUUUUGCGUUUUUCAUGAAAUUUAUUUUUUUAUCUGAGGUAAAAUGACUUUUUAAAGCAAACGUGCACUAAGUGAGCAAUAACUUGAUCAGCAACUCCACAGCGUCUGCUUCUGUUACAGACUUCAUUGUAGUUUUUGUGUAGCCCAGAACACUAGUUCAUGUUCAUGUUCAUGUUUACAGUUUUCAAGCAAUAAGCUCAGAAUGCGGAGCAAUAAAAUGUUACGAUUCACAAAUUUCAGGGAAUGACGAGUAUAAAUGGCUGCAUUUAAAGUUAAUGUCCAUUAAAAGUACAGUAAUCUUCUGAGUUAUACUAAUCAUUAAAUAAUAGAUUAAUUGUAAAAAUUUGCACAUCACACAAAUAUCCUUCUUUUCUGUUACUGAAGAUAAGCUCUUUGCAAUCUUUAUUACGAAAAAACAGCCCAAAUGUUUCUCCUGCAACGGUCCUUGCAAUGAAAACCCAACAACAUGGGAGCAAUUAACCAACACUAUCAACACAAUUAUUGCCUUUUUACCCGUUCACGAUUCUCAGUAUCCUGUCUGUAACGAUGUAAACCAGAUUGUCACUUCAUGUAGGAAGACUUGAAUGUAAACGGCAGAAGUUUUCAAAUAUGACGUGUGACUAAAGCUUUCGGGGAGCGUAUAGUUUUGCAGUGUCAUCAUGUCAUGUCUCAGUUUACAAACGAAAGAGGAACUACACUCGCGCUAUCUUCUUUUGUUCUAUCAAAGUGGAAUUUGUAUGAAGUCGUAUUGGAAAUGUCAAAAACAAUAAAUCUGGUCAUGAAAUCCUU